UAACUGUAUUUUCCUGUAGACAUGGAAACAAAUCACUGUGUUUUCCACGUGUUCUUCUACAUUUCUCUGAGUUUGGUGCACUGGGACUCAAGUUCAGCUUGUCACACUGGCUCUCAGGCAGAAUGUGAAAAAGCUCCAUUUGUGCCUGGUUACAAUCUGGCAGGAGAAGGCUUUGAUGUAGUCAAGAUGCAUCGUAAAGGUGCCUUUCUGAUCAAUGUCAAAUCAUACUCAGUCAACGGUACCUGUACCAUCUGCAAGAACCGCUUUCAGGGAGGUCAGAUGCAGAAACUCCCCUCAGCCGUGCUGGACUGGCGUAUCUUCAGCACUACAGCACAGCCUUCUAGUGCUCUUCAUCAUUCUGUUUACUCCCUCAUGAAGAGUUCAACGUCACUCAAUAAUAACAACUGGAAAAUGGAUCUUACCUUGGAUGACACAGGAAGGGAGAUUUUUGGAGGGAGUCGAUCAGAUAUUGCUCAAUUUGCCCAUUCUCAGAAUGCAAAGGAUAAGACAACCUUUGCCCUCCACGAAAUCAGCUGUACAUACUACAGUUACAGAGUACGAGACCACCCAGAGCUCAGCACCGAAUUCUCAAAACAUCUCCAAACACUUCCAACACAAUAUGACGACCAAACAAAACACCUGUACCAAAAAAUUAUCGAAACCUACGGCACUCACUACAUACGCCAGGUUCAUCUGGGAGGGCGAGUGAGGCGGGUCACGGCUUUUCGCACAUGUCUUGCAACCCUGAAGGGCUUCUCGGAAAUUGACAUCAAACACUGUCUGAACAUGGAUUUCAUGAUAAAGUUGGGCUUCCAGCAAGCUACAGCCUCGUUUUCUAGCAAAUGUUCUCAUAUCCUUAUGGAAGAAAUGGGCAUGGGCUUCUACCAGACCUUCAUGACACACAAGACAGAGGUGCUGGGAGGAGAGAAAUACUUCCCAGAGCUUGUUUUAAACCAAAGCCCAGCUGAAGCUUACUCACAAUGGAGAAAGACCUUGCAUGACAACCCUGAUGUUAUGUCAUAUGCUAUUUUUCCUCUCCAUCAUCUGGUGGCGGAUCCUGAAGUUAGUUCCAACCUAAAAAAUGCAGUAACUGAAUAUAUUGAAGAGAACAUGAUUUCUGUAGACCACAAGGAAUAUGAAGGAUGCUCUAAAAUAUCAAAUCUGGAUCAAAACUGCUGUCCUUUGAGAGCCGGUCGUGGAACAUUAGUAGUGGUUAUGAUGAGAGCCAAAGGCAUGAAUGAAGAUUAUUUUUCAUCUUCUGAUGGUUAUGUGAAGGCAUGGUACAAUGGUAUAUACAAGGAGACUGAGGUAAUUCUAGACAAUAAUAACCCUGAUUGGAACACCAACUUUAAUUUUGGGUCAAUUGAGUUUGGUCAUCAACUAAAAUUUGAGGUUUGGGACAGUGAUGUGAACUAUGAUGACUUUGUGGGGGGAUGUGUGACCAAUCCUGAAAGUGGGAUGCACAAACACAGAUGUAAAUUACAGAGAGGGAUGUUUUAUUUCACCUACAUCGCUUUUUGUGAUGAUCACUUGACAGGUACUAGGUGUAGCAGAUAUUCACCAGAAUCUUAAAGGGCACCUAUGGUGAAAAAUCUACUUUUCAAGCUGUUUGGACAGACAUAUGUGUAGGUAUAGUGUAUAGACCGUCAUAUUGGGGUGAUAUAAACACACCCAGUACUUUUUUUUUUCAAUUUAACAAAAUAAAAACGGUGGACCAAUUGGAGCGGUUUUCAGACCGACCGCAACUUGAUGUAGGAGUGCGGUCCACCCGCCCACUGAAUUGAUUGACAGCUGCGUAUUAACAUGUCCCGGUAGUCACGUGUAUAAUCAUAUCAACAAGAGAGGACGAAAGCAAAGCAACUAGGAAUAAAAGGUCUGUUCAGUUUGCUAGGAUCAUCAAUCAUCAUCAAACGUGAUCAAGAAGAGUGAAUUUUACAAGUUUAAAAUGUUUUUAAAAAGUGCAUGUGUGUAAUGAAUUACAGCGAUUUACUUCAGCUUUAAUUCAAGGUGCCCUUUAAGACCUAAAGUGUUAAGAAUAUUUUUGCAGAUUACUUUUACAUAGAUAAAGGGUGUGGUGUGUAACAAACUAGCAUUUGCAUCUAAUUUUCCAACCAGUAUGAAAUAAUUUACAAAUGUGUUUGAUUAACAGCUUUUAACUUGACACACGCACGUGAACAAAAGGACAAUCAUAAUGCACAUCAAGUUGUUCAAAUCUGCCUAACACAAAACUUCAGCAAGCCUAUAAUCCAUGAAGUAGAAUUUUCCGUUUCAGUCAAAUUUCAGCAUCUAACCACAUCACAAAUGAAUAGAGAAAUAGUUACAUCCAGUACAUUAUACUCAUACGUGCAUUUGUAUAGCAAACUAUGUAAAAAGUGUGGUGGUUUAAUAACGACCCUAUUUUUUCAUGAUUUUUUGCGAUAAAAUUACUGAUUUUGUGGUGGUAAUUCCCAGAAAUUUGCGGACAUUUUUGCGAUUAAAAAUAUAUAUAAUUAUAAAAAAUUCUUUCUCCGAUUUCACUCCCUGGAGCAUCUGACAUCAUGUACCUCACUCAGGACAUGUGUUAGGGCUUCCCCUACCAUAAUACACCUAAAACACGGAUUGCUGUAAAACUAGUCAAUGGCAGGGAGAGUUAAACAAAAUCUUUUAUUUAUAUGAUGCACAUCAUAAUAGGCAUACAUGUAAAGCAAAAGUAAUGUCCUUCAAUUCGGUCACGUCCAGUGGCCAUCAUCCUUGAACCAAUCUCUAUUGUAAUCUGCUUGCUUUUCUGUCUGUUCCAUUACUCCAUUUGUUAGAUGUUUGCUUAAAUUUUUUAUUUUUUUUUGCAUUCUGAAGCUGUAAAUGCACAAAACACCCAAUUUGAGCCAUCUUAUUCGCUCGAUUUGCACCACAGGAUGUCUAAUCGCAUCUUUGCAUUGACUUCUCAUAUAAAUCACUCGUGCUUCCUCCGCGUCUGCUUGCUGCAUAGGCUGCAAAACAAUUUUGCCCUACUUUCAUGUAAUUUAAGGAUUGUGAGGGCUCAGGUGAGACGUCAUUUUUUGAGAGAUACUCAAAUACAUCAUGUGCACUGCGUAUGCUACGUCUAUAAGUCAUGUAAAACAAUUAAUUGCGAAACGAAAUAAAUGUAAUUUGAUUUUAUGGUUUGGAAUUGGAUUUUUAAUGAGAUUAUUUAAAAAUGUUUACGAUUAUUUUGCGUUUAAGAAUUUUGUAAGAUUGCAAAAUAUAGCGACAUUGUUGAUGUUGAUGUUGAUGUUGAUUGGAUUCAGUGAUCACAAAAUCGCAAAAAACUAGGGGGUCCGAAUAACUAAUAUUGUAGCUAAUAAAGAUGCAAGUGCGCAAAACUAAAUUCACUUAACCUUGAUGCUAGCUUUUAGCCCUAUCAAGAUUAAUGCUCUGCAACAAUCUGUAAACUUUAUCCACCAUUCUACUUAUAGAUAGAAACAAAUGUUUUAGGGGUACUUUUUAGUGUUAUUUUUUUAAUCAUGUCAUGCAUCACCUGAGGUGUCUAAGAACUUAAGCUCAACUAAAUGUUUAGUUAUGCUGGCAAGUAACCUUGGAUUAUGAAAAUAGGUAAUGUUAAGAAGCGAAAAUGUGCAAGUUGAUUUUUGUUAUCUUGUAAUAAAACAGAUUUUUUA